GUUGUCGGAUACUAGUAGUGCAAAAUUAGACGAAGCGCUGCUCGUUCUGGAAGAUGGGACGGAAUUUCGGGGAAAGAGAUUUGGAUCAUGCAGAAGCACGACAGGAGAAGUGGUGUUUCAGACAGGAAUGGUCGGUUACCCUGAGUCAUUGUCAGAUCCAUCAUAUCAAUCGCAGAUUCUUAUACUAACUUACCCUCUCGUGGGCAACUAUGGUGUUCCUCGUUCUGAACGUGAUCAAUUUGGGUUGCUCACUCAUUUUGAGUCGGAAGGCGUGCACGUAGCGGGUCUAGUCGUCUCUGAACUGUCAGAACAUUACAGUAGCUGGAAUGCAGAUCGGUCGUUGCAAGAAUGGCUGCAAGAGAAAGGCAUACCUGGCAUAAGCGGAGUAGAUACCAGGCAGUUGACUCAGAAAAUCAGAGAGAAAGGCACCGUCUUAGGGAAGCUUAUUAUGGAUGGGGAUGAUCCACAGUCAAUUCAGUUUGAAGAUCCAAAUGAAAGAAAUUUGGUUUCAGAAGUUUCAAUUAGGAAGCCAGUUGUCUACCAUCCAUCUGGUGAUAUAUACAUUCUUGCUGUUGAUUGCGGUAUGAAGACCAGCCAGAUUCGUUGCAUGACUCAGCGUGGAGCACGUGUCAAAGUUGUUCCAUGGAAUUAUCCUAUUCUUACUGAAGAGUUUGAUGGGCUUUUUGUCAGCAAUGGUCCAGGGAACCCUGAAAUGUGUUAUGAAACUGUGAAAAAUUUGGCUGUUCUGCUUCAUCAAGAUGCUUUAAAGCCUGUGUUUGGAAUUUGUUUGGGCCACCAACUGAUUGCACUUGCUGCAUCAUGCAAAACAUACAAGAUGAAGUAUGGUCAUCGUGGUCACAACCAGCCUUGUGUUCUUUUGGACACUUGCCAAUGUUUUGUUACAACACAGAAUCAUGGUUUUGCAGUUGACAAUGACUCUUUGCCCCCUGAGUGGUUACCUCUGUUCACUAAUGCUAAUGAUCAGUCAAACGAGGGUUUAGUCCACCAAACAAAGCCAGUGUUUACUGUACAAUUUCAUCCAGAAGCUAUGGGUGGACCGCAUGAUAUGGAAUCACUGUUUGACUUUUUUCUGGAAACUGUGAAAGAUUACAAAUUUAGCAAUGGAUGUGCAGUCGGUUUCUCUGUGGCUGAAAGGUUAAAAGAGAAGUAUGGUGGACUUCGUCUGUUAGAUAUGAAAGUGAAAAAGCCUGUGAAAGUGUUAAUCUUGGGGUCGGGUGGGUUGUCUAUAGGGCAAGCUGGAGAGUUUGAUUACUCAGGCUCACAGGCAAUUAAAGCACUCAAAGAAGAAGGAGUGCAAAGUGUGCUAAUCAAUCCCAAUAUUGCUACUGUUCAAACAUCCAAGGGUUUAGCUGACAAAGUUUACUUCCUACCUAUCACAGUUGAAUAUGUGACAGAAGUUAUAAAGAAUGAACGACCAGAUGGUGUUCUUUUGUCAUUUGGUGGUCAAACAGCUUUAAAUUGUGGAGUAAAAUUGCAAAUGUUAAAAAUAUUUGAAAAGUACAAUGUUGAAGUGCUGGGAACCCCUGUUGACUCAAUUAUUGCUACGGAAGAUAGACAGGUAUUUGCACAGAGGCUGGAAGAGAUAGGAGAACAAGUUGCACCUAGCGAAGCUGCGUUUUCGGUUACAGAGGCUGUUGUGGCUGCAUCAAAGAUUGGUUAUCCUGUCUUGUUGCGUGUGACUUUUGCUCUUGGUGGACUUGGCUCAGGAUUUGCAAGCAAUGAAUCUGAGCUGAGACAGUUAGCUACUACAGCAUUUUCCCACAGCAGCCAAGUGUUUGUUGACAAGUCACUGAAGGGUUGGAAGGAAAUUGAAUAUGAAGUUGUUCGUGACAGCUAUGGCAACUGCAUUUCUGUUUGUAAUAUGGAGAAUGUUGAUCCUUUGGGCAUCCACACUGGAGAGUCGAUUGUAGUUGCUCCAAGUCAGACUCUUUCUAAUGGCGAGUACAACAUGCUGAGGACUGUGGCAAUUAAAGUUGCCAAGCAUUUUGGAAUUGUUGGGGAGUGCAACAUUCAAUAUGCUCUGAAUCCUGACUCUAACCAGUACUAUGUUAUUGAGGUAAAUGCUCGACUGUCACGCAGUUCUGCACUGGCUUCUAAAGCAACUGGUUAUCCUCUUGCUUAUGUGGCAGCAAAGCUAGGCUUGGGCAUUCCUCUGCCAGAGUUGAAGAAUGCAGUUACAAUGGCUACUACUGCUUGCUUUGAACCAAGUCUGGAUUAUGUUGUUGUAAAAAUUCCUCGAUGGGAUCUGAAGAAAUUUGCUCGUGUGAGCAGAAAGAUUGGCAGUUCUAUGAAGAGUAUUGGUGAAGUGAUGGCUAUUGGUCGUACAUUUGAAGAAGCAUUGCAGAAGGCCAUGCGAAUGGUGGAUCAGAAAGUUUAUGGUUUUUACUCCAGCAGUGAGAAAGUGACUGAUGAGGAAUUGACAAAUCCAUCUGAUAGACGAAUAUAUAGUCUUGCUGCCGCACUGAAGAGUGGGCGCUAUUCGAUUGAGAAGCUGUACGAACUGACAAGGAUUGACCGAUGGUUUUUGUACAAGAUGAAAAACAUUAUUGAUUGUUGUAUGCAACUGGAAGUGUAUAGUCACAAGGUUCAUGAAAUGCCACUUCAAGUUCUUUUGAAGACUAAACAAUUUGGCUUCUCUGACAAGCAGAUAGCUUUGUUUGUGCAAAGCACGGAGUUGGCAGUUCGUAACCUGCGUCAGAAGAAUGGGAUUGUGCCUUUUAUCAAGCAAAUUGAUACAGUGGCUGCUGAGUAUCCAGCUUGUACAAACUACUUGUAUCUAACAUAUAGUGCAGCAUGUCAUGAUAUUGAUUUCCCGGGCGGAGCAGUUAUGGUACUUGGAUCUGGAGUAUAUCGUAUUGGUAGCAGUGUGGAGUUCGAUUGGUGUGCUGUGGGUUGUAUCAAAGAGUUACGACAAUUGGGUUAUAGUACUGUGAUGGUAAACUAUAAUCCAGAGACUGUUAGUACAGAUUUUGAUGAGUGUGAUCGACUCUACUUUGAUGAGUUGUCAUUUGAGGUUGUAAUGGACAUUUAUGAGCUUGAGAAACCAACGGGUGUCAUUCUUUCUAUGGGAGGUCAACUACCAAACAAUAUUGCUAUGCCACUGCAUAGACAGCAGGUGAAGAUUCUGGGCACAUCACCGGAGAUGAUUGAUAAUGCAGAAAACAGGUUCAAGUUUUCUCGAUUGUUAGACAAUAUUGGUAUUCAGCAGCCACGGUGGAAAGAGCUAACAGACUUUGAGACUGCAAAAACUUUUUGUGCAACUGUUGGUUACCCAUGUCUUGUAAGACCAUCAUAUGUGUUGAGUGGAGCUGCUAUGAGUGUGGCUCACUCAGAUCAAGACUUGCAACUAUAUCUCAGUAAUGCAGUUCAAGUUUCACAAGAUCAUCCAGUAGUCAUCUCAAAGUUUAUUCUUGAAGCAAAGGAAAUUGAUGUAGAUGCUGUAGCUGACAAGGGAGAAGUUGUUGCUAUAGCCAUCUCUGAACAUGUAGAAAAUGCAGGCGUUCAUUCAGGAGAUGCAACUCUUGUGUUGCCACCACAGGAUUUGAAUGAAGAGACAUUGUCAAAAAUUCAAGACAUUGCUGUAGCAAUAGGUCGAGCUCUUCUGGUAUCAGGUCCAUUCAACCUCCAGUUGAUUGCCAAGGACAAUAAUUUAAAAGUUAUUGAAUGCAAUCUGAGAGUGUCACGCUCAUUCCCAUUUGUUUCAAAGACUUUGAACAGGGAUUUUGUUUCUAUUUCUACAAAUAUUAUUGUUGGCAAUUCAGUCACAGCGGACUUGUUAAUGGAUGUUGGUUGCAAAGUUGGUGUCAAGGUGCCUCAGUUUUCUUUCUCACGAUUAACAGGAGCAGAUGUCACACUUGGCGUAGAAAUGGCCAGCACUGGUGAAGUUGCAUGUUUUGGCAGUGACCGAUAUGAAGCUUAUAUGAAGGCUUUACUGAGCACUGGGCAUCGAAUACCAGAGAAUUCAAUUCUAUUGUCUAUAGGAAGUUUCAAGGCAAAGACAGAAAUGUUACCAUCAGUGCAGACUUUGCAAAGGUUGGGCUACAAGUUGUAUGGCAGUGUGGGAACAGCAGACUUUUACUCAGAACAUGAUGUUAAAAUAGAGGGUGUAGAUUGGCCAUUCCAGGAAACUGAUGGUAGUGCAUCUACUGGAGUUGAUGACUCAUAUCCUGAGUUGGGUAUUGCUGACUAUUUGUCUCGUCAGAAGUUUGAUCUUGUUAUUAACUUGCCAAUGAGAAAUCGGGGUUCUCGUCGUCCAGCAAAUUAUGUUACAUGGGGAUAUCGAACUCGUCGUAUGGCAGUCGAUUACUCAGUGCCACUCAUUACCGACAUAAAAUGUGCAAAGUUGUUUGUUAAGGCUUUGAGUAAAAUGCAAGGGAGACGUUUGCCAGUGCGGACGGAUAUUGACUGUUUGACAGCACAGCGUUUAGUGCGAUUGCCUGGUUUAAUAGAUGUACAUGUACAUGUAAGAGAACCGGGGGCUACUCACAAGGAAGACUGGUCAACGGCUACUGCAGCAGCUCUUGCUGGUGGUGUCACUAUGAUUCUUGCUAUGCCAAACACUAAUCCUGCUGUUGUCGACGUUGAAAGCUUUGAGGUUGUGAGAAAGCUUGCAGCAGCUGGAGCUCAUUGUGACUACUGCUUGUAUGUUGGUGCUGGACCUAAUAAUGCAACACUGAUACCAGCACUUGAAAAUGCUGCUGUUGCCUUGAAGAUGUAUCUUAAUGAAACAUUUACUACACUUAGGUUGGAUAGCAUGUCAGUGUGGAUGCAGCAUUUGGAACAUUGGCCUAAAAACAUGCCAAUUGCUGUUCAUGCAGAACGGCAGACUAUGGCUGCAGUUCUUUUGUGUGCAGAGUUUUUCAAAAGACCUAUUCAUGUGUGUCACGUUGCAAGGAAGGAUGAGAUUGAACUGAUUCGUAUGGCUAAGAAGUGUGGACAAAAAGUCACUUGUGAAGUCUGUCCACAUCAUUUGUUUCUCUCGGAGGAUGAUUUACAGUGGUUGGGAGAGGGCAUGUCACAAGUUCGACCACAACUCUGCAGUAGGGAAGAUCAGCAGGCUCUUUGGGACAAUAUAGACAUUAUUGACUGCUUUGCUACUGAUCAUGCACCACACACUGUAAAUGAAAAGAUGUCAAGUACUCCUCCUCCUGGCUUUCCUGGUCUUGAAACCAUGCUGCCUCUCUUGCUGACAGCAGUUCAUGAUGGCCGCCUUACCAUUCAAGACAUCAUCGAAAAGUUGUAUACAAACCCAAUGAAGAUUUUUGGUUUACCUGAACAGCCAGACACGUUUGUUGAGGUAGAUCUAGACACUGAGUGGCAGAUUCCUGAUGCUAUGCCACAGUCUAAAUGUGGUUGGACUCCCUUCAGAGGAAAGAGAGUGUAUGGGUCUGUUCGGAAAGUAGUUAUUCGAGGAGAAAUGGCAUACAUUGAUGGGAAGGUUCUUGUUAAACCAGGUUUUGGUCAAGAUCCUCUGUUAUUUGCUGGAAGCCGAAUGUUGAGGUCUUCAAAUUUGAAUUCAACAGUAAAAUGGAAACGAGAAGUGAAGCCCUUCACAGGGACACGUAUCAGAAGAGAUUCAGAAGGGCCUGGAACAGGGACACGAAUCAGAAGAGAUUCAGAAGGGCCUGGAACUUCAGAGGAGAUCUCGGGACUAAUGUUGAAAGUCAAAGAUCAUCACUUAACUGGCAGGCAUGUGCUGAAAGUGUCACAGUUUACCAGAGAACAAUUGAAGCAGUUGUUUCUUUUGGCUCAUGAAAUGAGAUUCCAGAUUCAAAAGCAGGGUGGAACGGAUUUGCUGAAGGGUUGUGUUUUGGGCUGCAUGUUCUAUGAAGUGAGUACAAGGACGAUGAAUUCCUUUGCUUCUGCUAUGCAGAGGCUAGGAGGCUCUGUGGUGUAUAUGAGAUCUAGCGACUCUUCAGUGCAGAAAGGAGAGACUCUGGAAGAUUCAGUUCAGAUGAUGUGCAGUUACUGUGAUGUCAUUGUGUUGCGACAUCCCCAUGCUGGCUCUUCAGAAAGAGCCGCCAAACUUGCUCGGAAGCCUCUUAUCAAUGCUGGUGAUGGAGUAGGAGAGCAUCCCACACAAGCUUUGCUUGACUUGUUUACCAUGCGUGAAGAGAUUGGCACGAUCAAUGGUUUGAUUGUAACUAUGGUUGGUGAUCUCAAGCAUGGCAGAACAGUACACUCGUUGGCUCAGCUUUUGUGUUUAUACAAAAUUAAACAGUUACGUUUUGUCAAUCCUCCUAGUCUGACAAUGCCUAGUGAAAUAGCAGAGUAUAUAUCUGCUCGGGGUAUUCCUCAGGCUGAAUUUGGCAAGUUGGAAGAAGCUCUUCCAGACACAGAUGUCUUGUAUAUGACUAGAAUACAAAGAGAACGUUUCAGUUCAAAUGAAGAGUAUGAGAAAGUUCACGGAUGUUUUGUCUUAUCUCCAGAGAUUCUUACUUAUGCUAAAGAGAAGAUGAUUAUUCUUCAUCCUCUUCCUCGUGUGGAUGAGAUUAGUGUGGAGGUGGACUCAGAUCCCAGGGCUGCUUACUUUAGGCAAGCUGAGUAUGGUAUGUAUGUUCGGAUGGCAUUACUGGCAAUGGUUCUUGGGAAGAUGUGAACAAAUUAAUUGUGUUGUGUAGUUUAAAUUAUCCUCUAAUUGAUGGUUUAGUUCGUACCUUGUCCACAGUUGUAUCUUCUGAUUUGAUCUUAAUUUUGAAUUGUAUUUGGUCA